UUUAUAUAUUUAUUUAUACACACCCAUUAACUAUUUCGAGCAACACAAAUGCAGUGCAUGAAAUUUGCAGUAAUUAAUACAUAAGUGAUUUGAGUGAAAUGCGUAUUGAAUAUUUUAUUAGCGGCUUAAGCGAGCGUAACUGAAACCACAGAAACCAAUCAGGGCAAUUGCCUCAAAUGAUGGAAUCAAUAAAAGGCUUUAAUUAUUAUUCAUGGAGAUACCUUUAAGUAAUUACCUGGCUUAAUCGCUCAAUGUCCAGCAAGUGCCUGGCUAUAAGUAGCUGAGAGCUGUGGACAGACUUUAUAUAGUCCACACUGGUCGCAAUGGAGGCCAAGCAGAAAAGUCGGAAAAGUUGCGCGCUCUUGCAGCAUAGUUUUAAGAAAAGUUUGAAAGUGUUUCUGAAGGAAACCGGAUUGCAUGGACUGAAAUUUGUGGGCGACUCGGAGCUGAACAUCUGGGAGAGGCAAGCAUCGGUAGCUGGUUUAAAUCUGAUAUUAUUGCUAAGGACAAAUUGCAGGUCCUUUUUCCUGAUUGCCUUUGUGGCUGCCCUCGCGAUGACCUGCCAGCUGAUCUCGAACAUCUAUGCCAAGUGGGUUAGCACGCCCGUCAUCAUCGGCAUCAGUCCACAUGCCACGUCCAUACGGAAGGUGCCCUUUCCGGCUGUCACCGUCUGCAACAUGAAUCAGUUUCAGCGCAGCAAGGUCUUGCAAUACAGAGAGGGCUCGCCUGAGUACGAUGUCAUGAAGGUCCUUUGCAAUCCACGCUCGGAGCGGGUCUACCACAGCACUGAGGCAGACAACAGGGCCUGGGACACGACUGUCAACAGCAGCAACACCUUGAAGAUCACCGACUUUGUCAAGAAUCAUUCCCAGCCCUGCCACCAGAUGCUGCGAUACUGCCGAUUCAAUGGACAUGUAGCGCCCUGCGCCGAAAUAUUCCGUCUUAUCCUCACUGAUGAGGGCCUGUGCUGUGUCUUUAACUUUCUGCCCGCUCACUUUAUAUACUCUAUUUUACCUCUAACUUUUUGUCUUAGGCAAGUUGAGUCAAUGAGCGAUAUUGAAGCACUUGGAUAUCAGCCUGUGCCUUGGAAUCCCGAAGCUGGGUAUCCCGCGAAACUGCCCAAACACCACUAUCCACUGCCGGGAGCUGGCACGGGCAUUACAAUGGGCUUUACUCUGGUUCUGGAUGCGCAGCUGAGCGAAUAUUACUGCUCGUCGACGAAUGGACCUGGUUUUAAGGUCCUGUUCCAUAAUCCCAUUACAACGCCCAAUGUCAAGGAGGAGGGCCUUGUGCUGGGCAUUGGCUAUGAGACGGCUGAUUCGCUGUAUUUCCCACUGGCCAAGCGGGACUUCAAGCUGGCCAAUAGGGUCGUGGCUAGCAUGAACAAAAGCUAUCUGCUGGAUAAUAUUGCCGUCAUGAAUUUAUACUAUCGCGAAUCGGCCUACUAUGGCAGCAUGAAAAAUGUCUACAUUGGCUUCACGGAGUUCUUGUCUAACAUUGGCGGUGUCAUGGGCCUCUUUAUGGGCUUCAGCGUUAUCUCCAUAGCUGAAAUGCUUUACUUCUUGGUAUUGAAACCCCUAUCGGAGCUUAUAGCGUGGAAAUACGGCAGCAAGAAGCUACACAAAAUUGAGCGAACUCCCUCUAAACAGCAGCUGAAACAAGAUAAUCUAGUAUGGCAUACAAAGGAGCUGCAUCCGAAGGGCAUGUCUUCAAACAAAAUGCAGCCACGCGGCAAAAAUGCAAAAAUACUUUUAGUUAAAGAUAAAUAUAAGUACUAAGAGUGCUCUGGGUGACGACUGAGUGAAGAUCUACAAUUGAGUCCAUGAGUUUAAAGCUUUAAAUUUAACUAGAAAUGUUCGACUCUUAGGCAAGAGUCAACUACAUAUCAUAUAUGCUUUUAUGGCUCUACAGUGCCUGCUAAGUGUUUACCUUAUGCGCAUAUUUGAUAAAGGCCUGAAUACUAUAUAUAUAGAGUAGAGUCCAGCCGAGCAACAAGCGCUUGGUCAUUCAUCUAUUUAAUAUUAAAUAAUGCACCACAAUUACACUUCAAGUUAUUGUCGCAGCUGUGAGGGGGGCCAAGGGAACAACAAAGACUUGAAUGUCAUGCAGAGGGUCCCUCAGUUCCGAGUGUAAUGUAAUCGAAAUGGUUAAAUAUGCAAAUAUUAAUUAUGUGAAGUUUUACAAAGUCCGGAUACUUAAAGCACCCACUGUACAGUGUGAGCCAUCUUCGGGCAUUCUAGACUAGUAAAACUAAAUCACUUUCUAAAUUAUGGGUUUGGCAGCAGAUGCUCGCAGCCCGAAUGCUGCUUGCAAUUAAGAGUGUCCUUAUUAAAAAGAAGUGCGGAAAUAGAAGCGAGUCCUUUGGCCAAAAUAAUGUACAGUUGUAGUGGCUCGCCGUUGUGCUGCUGUGGCUAUUAUUAUUAUUUUAUUAUAUUUKAUGCCAAUAUAAGCGCAUUUUGCGUAAUUGCUUUCACUAGAUGUGCUCACAGUGCCCGCCAACAGUACGUGUACUGUUGUACCUAUGUAUCUGCGUGGCGCUUUAACUUGCCCUUGGAGCUGUGCUGUCUUGUCCUGCGCUGCACAACACUCGAGCGCAGCAGCACUCUUAUGGCUUGCCAUUGUGCCACCAGCAGCACGGCCACUCUGUCAGAGUCGAGAAACUGGGCUAACGCUCGAGUACGGACGGCUCUUCCCUAGGCCAGAGCCUCUAGAAGACCUGGCAUACUUAUGCCUCAACGGUAAUUGCUGACCCACACACAAAGUGACUAAUUUUGUUCAGACACACAUAAGUGCAUACAGGAAAAUAUACAUUUAAUUUGAGGGCUGCUCGA